AUGACUAACCCAACCACAUCAACACCAAUAUCCUUCAUCAAAACCCACCACCAGGAACAUAUGCAGCAGCAACCACAACCACCACAUAUCUACACCAUAUCCACCCUAAAUGCGCUCGUUUCCAAUCACACGGCAAAACUAUCCGACACCACCAACAUAUUCUACAUCAAAUCAGUCCACAGUUCAAUGAUAUACGAUAGGCAACUCAAGUACUGGACUCUUCUUAUCAGAAAUGACCAGACCCAUGACCAAAAUGCACCAAAUACACCAAACGCACAAACACCCACAAUUGCACAACCUUUUCCUCAUUGGAUCCCCAUCACAUCCUGCCUCGAACUGAUCCACGGCAGCGGUGGCUACUUGAGCCGAUACAUAACCAUAUACUUGGAACAAACUUUCGACCAAACAGGCGAAAUCACUUUGGGCAUCCCACCACUUUACUUCUCAAUAGGAACCAGUCUCGCGUUAGGCAAACGUGUCGGUGUAUCAAAGCUCAAUACCUUAUUAUUUAGUUGUUCAAUAAACCCAGGAGAGGUUGCACAAUUCUUUAUUAAACCCAAUUUUGUCAAUGUGCCACAAUUGAAACGUAUUUGGUACAAAUUUAAAGCCAAGAAGUUACAUUAUGUCGGGUUGAAUUUUAUUAAACUGUUUAAGAUGUUUGUUGUUGAUACUCCUGAGAAUCAAUGCUGGGUAUCAAGAAAUAUCGAUGAUUUACAAUGUGGUGGCGGUAAACCUUUGGCAAAUGUUGAUGAAGAAGAUGGUUAUAGUAAGAUACGAAUACAAUUGUAG